AUGGCCUCCACCACUGAUAACCCCGAAACAGAGUCUGUGGCAAACUCAACGGAGCAUGAUCCUCUGUUGGACCAUCCGGGCGACGUCAUCCAGCAGCAAGAGAAUAUAUGGCUCAAUCUUGUUACAGAUUCUGCUGGUCUUGCGCAAGUUGGCAUUUUUGUGCUUGUCGCCCUCGUCUGGUCUAACAUCCUAGCUCAACCAAUCAUCCUGUUUACGGCCCACCCACUCCUCGCCAGCUCAGGUCUUUUACUCCAAAUCCAAGGAACACUCAUCCUACAACCUACGGCAUCACCGUCUCAAAAACGCAUCGGGACCCGCAUUCACUACACCAUCCAGCUGCUGAGCACCAUCCUUUUCCUCAGCGCCUUUGUUGUCAUCGAAGUCAACAAGGGUUCCCACCCCCACUUUACCUCCACACACAGCAUCCUCGGUCUCCUAACUGUCAUCUUUGUCGUCAGUCAGUCUGCCUUUGGCAUUGUUCAAUACUUCCUGCCACGGGCCAUCCUCGGCAGCGUCGAUAGCGGAAAGAAACUCUACAAGUACCACCGAUUGAGCGGAUAUGUGGCGCUGUUGGUGUUGGAGAUUCCGGCUGCGAUCUGGGGGGCGACGCAGACGGGAUACAGCAUAGCUUUCUUGCAUAUCCCACUGUGGGCCGUGCUUACUGCGUCCGCUGCGAUCAUAGUUGGUGUGGGUGCCAGGAUUAGGAAGCAGAAGUUGGGGCUGUGA